CGUUUGAGCGUUGCGAAGUCGCUUACUUUCGACCACAAGACCUGUGAAUUAUUCACAACUGAUUCCGCGUUGAAUCACCGAUCGAGAUACAGACAGCCGCAGUUGGAGAUACAAAUACAGAUACUGAUACAGUACAGAUACAUUUACAGAUACCGAUCUAGAUAGAGAUCGAGAUUGUCGCAUUAGAGGACGGCGUGGAAAAGUUGGAAAUGCCACUCGCGACGCGACGCGUUUCUAUUCGUACGUUCGCGGAGCUUAUGCAAACAACUUGUUAUUGAUCUAAGACAUUGGACCUCAAGUGGCGAGUGUAAUUGUUUUGUCGCUGUCAUUGUUAUUGCACUACGGAUUGCUUCGCCCCACUCUCUGCGAGUGGCCAGUGGUCGUCGUCGAGUGUUGGUUUAUAAUUAGCAGAAUGCGCAACUGCUUGCCAAAAUUCAGCAAAGUCUUUCGCCGCAAGUCCUCCGCGAAGUCGUCCUCCUCGUCGGCCGGCCGAGAAAAUCCGUCGAACGAGCCGGACUCCGAUACGGAGCCGUAUUCCAUAGCCAUCGCGGCUAUAGCCGAUCGGAGUGGAGAUAACCGUAAUGAAAGACCAAGACCGCUGCCAGAUGACGAUAGCAUUCGCAGCCGGCUGAUAAGCGCUGCUCAUUUGGAUUUGGAUUUGGGUUUGGACUCAGAUUCACCGGCCAUGCCGACCAACGGAGGCCUUCGGCCUAAGAGCGAGGGUGCCUGCCCGGAAAUGAAAGUGGAAACGAUUUCGGCUCCACCUCGGCCUCUGCAUGCGACUCCAGGACCAGUGGCCAUUUCCCUGCCAUUUGUGGGACGCAAUUCGAGUAAAACGCCCGAGGAAAUGGAGCUGGAAUACGAGGCGAAUGUGGAGGCCGAAAGUCGUGACAUAAUGACCCCCCUGCGCCGCAACACAAGGCCGCUGAGCGUGUCCUUCGGCGGAGGAGGACGCAGUGCACUGCAGCCGGAAAUAGUCGAGGUCAUGCGCAGCCUGGACGUCCCGGGCCUGCUGUUGAACAACCUGAGCCUCGACGGGAGCCCACACCCGAGGGGGGAAAGGAGUCAAGCGGCGGAGGAGGAACCCCUGACACCGGGCCACGACCAUGAGGACUCGGUGGUCCUUCGGCGCAAGGUCAUCUGCCUGGAGCGCAAGGCACACAGUCUGUACGAGCGCCGAUUGCCCAAGGUGCCGAAACUCCAUCUCCAGGUGGCUGGCAAGAAGCAACCGCCGACGGAGGAGGAGGAGUUCCGCACUUUCCAGCGCAAUCUCAUGGACCUGAAGUAUCCAACCGUGCUACCACCGAAUCCCCCACUUAAGGCCCUCCUGGUUUUCCACAAGUCGGACAGCAUCUGCGAGGCGAUCACCGCGGCCUGCCAGCGCCACCAGCUGGACGUCACGCUGGUCAAGUCCAAGGAGGAGGCCCUGGACACCCUGCAGAAGUCGUACGCCACCGCCCAGUGCUAUCACCUAAUCAUAAUUGAUGCGCGCUCCUCCAAGAACCUGGAUGCGGAGCACAUUGCGAGAACCAUUCGUCACACACACGGCCACCAUUUAACGACAAUAAUUGCAGUCUGCAAGAAGAGUUUCUUCGAAAAGGAUGAUGUGCUAAUUGCUCUAUUGGACGCUGGCGUUAAUAGAUGCGUAGCGGAGACGACCAACCUGGCCAUGUGCAGUGUGGAACUGAAGCAGAUACUGCACUCCAUCAUCCGGCCGCACAAUGUCAUGUCCACUCAACAGGCCCUCUACACGGCUCUCCACCGGCUGAAGGAGGUGGUGCUCAUCACGGACGACUUGCUGCGGAUUCAGUACGCGAACCGUGCCACCGAGAGGCUGCUCAACAUGCGGCUGGACGAGAUCAUUAGCAAGCAGCUGGAGGACAUAUUUGUGUCGGACCUCUCCACCAUCAGCGAGCAGUGCAAGAACAUCAAGGAGUUCGACGGCAUCCUGACGGUGCGACGCAAGAGCCAGGAGGGCAUACCCAUGCACGUGCGCGUCGUGCCCGUGGCCUGCAUAGGCAGCGCACCCACGCACCUGAUUUUCAACUUUGAUGUGCCCGGCGGGCAGAUGGACUUCAUAGCCACGCUGCCGCAGCCCAAAGAGGCGCCUCGGGGCUCCCUGCACUCGGUGCGGCGCUGCAGCUUUGAUGUCCGCUCCAUCGCCUCGGACGGAUUGAGAAGAACGAGCCUGGCCAAGCUGACGUCGCUGCCACUGGAGGCACCCAUCACUAAAAUAAUCAAUUUACUAUCACAAGUACAGGAGAAUUGUUCGGCCGAUGAGGCGCGUCUCAUAGACAAGGUCUUGGAGUUCCUGAAGCGCGAAGGACUCUACAGUCCGCAAAUGAAGGAGAUACGAACGGACGAUCCCAUAGCCACCGAUCUGAUCGGUGCCCUGCUAACGGGUCCCAGCGUGUACUCAUCGCGCCGCAGCUCGAAUGACUCCAUCAUACGCACUGGCAGCUCCACGAGAACCGCUGCCAUUGUGCCCGCCAAAAUGAAGUCCAAUCCCAUCAUCAUGGAACUACUUGACGAAUCUCUCAGCUGGGACUUUGAUAUUUUCAAAUUGGAGGAGAUCACCGACUACCACCCGCUGCUCUACCUGGGCAUGGAGAUGUUCCGCCGCUUCGACGUCUUCGCCACCCUGAACAUCGAUGAGAACGUGUGCAAGGCCUGGCUGGCAGUGAUCGAGGCCCACUACCGCAAGAGCAACACAUAUCACAACAGCACCCAUGCCGCGGAUGUGAUGCAGGCCACUGGCGCUUUCAUCACCCAACUGACCAACAAGGAUAUGCUGGUGAUGGAUCGCAUGGAGGAGGCGACCGCUUUGAUCGCCGCCGCCGCCCACGACGUGGAUCAUCCUGGCCGCUCAUCCGCCUUCCUGUGCAACUCGAACGACGCCCUGGCCGUACUGUACAAUGACCUGACCGUGCUGGAGAACCAUCACGCGGCCAUCACCUUUAAGCUGACACUGGGCGACGAUAAGAUCAACAUUUUCAAGAACCUGGACAAGGAGACGUACAAGUCGGCCCGCAGCACCAUCAUCGACAUGAUCCUGGCCACCGAGAUGACCCGCCACUUUGAGCACCUGGCCAAGUUCGUGAGCGUCUUUGGCGGCGAGGAGCCGCGUGAUCACAACCCACAGACGGAUGAGGAGACGUCCAUACUCAUGCGACGCAUGCUGAUCAAGGUGGCCGACGUGAGCAAUCCAGCCAGGCCGAUGCAGUUCUGCAUCGAGUGGGCACGCCGCAUAGCCGAGGAGUACUUCAUGCAGACGGACGAGGAGAAGCAGCGCCACCUGCCCAUCGUGAUGCCGAUGUUCGAUCGGGCCACCUGCAGCAUACCAAAGAGCCAGAUCGGCUUCAUCGAAUACAUCAUACAGGACAUGAUGCACGCCUGGGAGAGCUUCAUCGACAUGCCGCAGCUGAUCACCUACAUGCAGAUCAACUACUCGCAGUGGAAGAAGUACGACGAGCAGGGCGUCAACACGCUGGCGGAGAUCAUGGCCAAGCAGCCACCGGUGGGCAAGAUGGCCAACUCCAAAUAGCAUACGGCCUUCCGGAGAUUGUUCUCGGGUCUACUGAAGCCACUGCCGGCCCACGCGCCAGGUACCUCCACGAUUGGCGAGAACGAGAUGGAGGACGUGCUCUAGUGACGGCGUCGAAGGUCCUGCGACGUCUGACUCCGGACCCGCAGUCUCUCGGCCUAAUCCUGAAUCCACUGAAGUCGCAGCUCAUCAUCACGGCUUGAAGCCCAACCGAGUCCAACCAAGUCCACCCGAGUCCAACCGCUCCCUGGACUGCCCCACCACACCUAUCUCUGAACGGACCAACGGACUGGGGGCGGACUGGGGUCACGGAGUGGGUUUGAUUGGCUGGCUAACGAAGUGGUGCCCUCCUGAGCGGUGUCACAAAUGCGGUAUCAUGCAAAGCAAAACUAACUAAGGCAAACAAGUAAACAAUUAUUGGGCUGGACUCAAAAUUAAAUGUUUAAGAUGCAUCACAAGAAGCGAACUUUCUAUUUCUAUAUAAAUAUAUAUACCAUGUGAGUCUGUGUGUGCGUGAGUGUGUAUGUCCCUCCAUCCCCAUAUAAAUGUGUAUGUGUUUAGGCUAACGAAAGCGGACUGGCAGACUAGCAUGCUUUGCUUUGCUAGCAAGCUGGCAUGCUGGCAUGAAGUCCCACAGCAUAUGGACCAGAUCAUAUGGCGUGCGCUCCACUGUACCUGGCAACGGUAUAAUGUAUAACAGUAUAACGGUUUUGGCGACCCUACAGCGGUACUACCGAACCAAGUGUUACAAGCACGUAGUUCUCUCCCAUCAUGAAGACAAUCUCUGUUGAAUACUGCAAGGCCAAGUAAAUCUAGUUUAAUUGCUGUCCAAGUCAGAACCAUAAUCGGAUUCGGACUAGGAUUCGGAUUCGGAUUUGGAUUCGGGUUCGGAACGAGUACAAGGCCAUAGCUAGACGAAGACUAUACAUACUAGAUACAUAUGCACAUGCGGCAUACAUAGGCGAGAUCGCGGCAAGCAGAAUACAUAUAUACUACUAUCACUAGCGACUAGCUAAGCGGCUAAGCAGCUAAGCAGCUAAGAACUACAAGUAAAACUGAAACAAACUAAUUCGAAUCCACUCUUGAGACAUAUGAAAUCCUAUGGGGCCCCUUUUACUACCUAAUUAUCUAGUUACCUAUUUUCCUAACUGAAGAAAAACGCGAAAUGAUGAGCUAUCCUAACUAAUACUAUUAAUGUUGUUUAGCUUUCUAAGCAUACGGUAUGAGAAAUCAAACUAAACGCAAAUGUUUACCAAUUAAGUGAAAUCCUUUUUGAAAUCUUUUUAUCUAAUUGACUGAACAAAUUACAUAUACAUAUAUAAACCAGAUCUAUUAAUACGAGUUGAUAAUACGUUCUUGUUAUAACUAAAUGAUGAUGAAUGAAAUGAAAUUGAAAAUGAAAGCAAAAUAAUAUAUACAAUAUACAUAUAUACAAUUUAUACAACUUUUACGAAGCAUAUUAUAUAUAUAUUUAUAUAUGUCAUACGAUAUCGGCAUUCAUUCGCAGAGUUACAGUAAUUUGUAUGUGUUACCAGGUGUUAAAUCCGUGCUUCAGAAUGUUUUGAUAGAAGUUAUAUACACGCCCCCCCAGUUCCCCUUUCCUUUGCAAGGCGUGCAAAGCCCCACCCACAUCCUGUUUGCUCCACACGACCAACAACAACCCACCCACCAACCCACAUUUUCCGCUCCCACACUUCGUAUCACCACUACUGAUCGCAUUCAGUCGGAAAAUUCACCCCAACAGGCAAACAAAAAACUGAGCGAUAGGAGAAUAUAAAUGUAUUUGCAUAUUCAAUGUUGUUAAUAUGUGUGUGUUUCAAUUGAAUGUAUUGGAUUAAAUCGCGUGAGUUACAAAAGCGCAAAAGUUGAAUAAAUAAAGCAAAAGCUGCUCGUAAUGUGGAAUGCUAAGUAAAGUAAAAUGCGAAAACAAUUUACACGUUAUGAAGAAUAUACAUAUAUGUAUACAUAUAAUAUUUAUAGAUACGGUACUACUACAUGUUUCUGAACACAAAAAUGAUAAAUCUUUACAUACAACUAUGUAUAUUUGUUACUACAUCUGUUUGCUCCUUGCAGGUUAAGGAUUAUAAAUGUUAAGAUUUAGUCAAAUUUAUUGUAAAAACCAAACACAACACAACAAAAAAACAAACAGAAAUACAAACAAGAAACAAAAACAAACGCAAAUAAUACAAAUAAAAAUCCAGCAAAAUGGAAAUUAUCUACAAAA